GAGGGACAUUUGGGAGCGAGAUGGCGAGAGGGAUGGUGGCUACGUACCUACAUGGCGUCUUUCUCCUGGCUCUGUGGAAGCCCUCACUGCAAGGAGGUGUAUAUAUACCUGCUGGUGGAGCAGCAGGAGGCGCUGGAGCCGGCAUAGGAGCUGGUGCAGGACCUGGAACUGGAUUUGGACCAGGUGGGACUGGAACUGGAUUUGGACCUGGAGGAGCUGGGACUGGAUUUCAGCCUGGUGGAGGUGCUGGUCUAGGAGGCUUUGGACCAGGAACAGGUGGAGGAGGCUAUGGUGGUCAUGGACCAGGAGGAGUUGGACCAGGAGGAGUUGGACCGGGAGGAGUUGGAACAGGAGGAGUUGGACCAGGAGGAGUUGGACCAGGAGGUUUCAGGCCCAGCACCUUCAGCCCAGGCAGUGGUGGACUGGGAGUCAUACCUGGAGGUCUUGGGGCCGGUGGAAAGCCUCCAAAAACAGGAGGUGGCUACGGAGGUCGUGGAGGAGUGUCUGGAGGGUUUGGAGCAGGACAGGGAGCUGGCGGUGUAGGAGGAGGACUGGGACAGGGCGGAGUCGGGCCAGGUGGUUUUGGACCAGGUGGUGUCGGUCCUGGAGGCUAUGGGACUGGGCCUGGAGGAGUUGGUCCUGGUGGUGUUGGACAGGGUGGCCAAGGCACAGGCCUUGGGGCAGGAGGUUUGGGUGGAGGAGUGCAUGGAGCAGGAGGCCUUGGAACCAUCAGAGGUCAGGGAGAUGGAGGGCUGGGAGCUGGAACAGGCUACGUACCUGGAGGUGGCUAUGGAGGCGGUUAUGGUCCAGGUGCUGGUCAAUACCCAGGAACUGGUGGAACUGGUCCCAAACCUCCUAAAACUGGAACAGGUUAUGGGCCUGGUGGUGUGGGAUUUGGACCUGGUGGUGCAGGAAUAGGGCCUGGUGGUGCAGGAUUUGGGCCUGGUGGAGUAGGAUCUGGGCCUGGUGGAGUAGGAUUUGGACCUGGUGGAGCAGGAAUAGGGCCUGGUGGUGCAGGAUUUGGGCCUGGUGGAGCAGGAGUAGGGCCUGGUGGUGCGGGAUUUGGGCCUGGUGGAGCAGGAGUAGGGCCUGGUGGUGUGGGAUUUGGGCCUGGUGGUGCGGGAGUAGGGCCUGGUGGUGCGGGAUUUGGGCCUGGUGGUGCGGGAGUAGGGCCUGGUGGUGUGGGAUUUGGGCCUGGUGGUGCGGGAGUAGGGCCUGGUGGUGCGGGAUUUGGGCCUGGUGGUGCGGGAGUAGGGCCGGGUGGUGCGGGAUUUGGGCCUGGUGGUGCGGGAGUAGGGCCGGGUGGUGCGGGAUUUGGGCCUGGUGGUGCGGGAGUAGGGCCUGGUGGUGCGGGAUUUGGGCCUGGUGGUGCGGGAGUAGGGCCGGGUGGUGCGGGAUUUGGGCCUGGUGGUGCGGGAUUUGGGCAUGGUGGUGCAGGGGUUGGGCCUGGUGGAGCAGGAUCUGGGCUUGGUGGUGUGGGAUUUGGGGCUGGUGGAGCAGGAGUAGGGCCUGGUGGUGUGGGAUUUGGGCCUGGUGGUGCGGGAGUAGGGCCGGGUGGUGCGGGAUUUGGGCCUGGAUUUGUACCUGGUGGUGCAGGAGUUGGACCCGGAGGAGUCGGUCCUGGUGGAGCUGCUGUGCCAGGAGGAGUUCCAAUGCUGCCACAGACUGGCACGACUGGGGGAGGACCUGGAGGAAAGAGCGGUGGUAAAGCAUCAAAACAAGUUCCAGGCGUUGGGGUGCCUGGACUCUAUCAAGGUGGAUACGUACCAGGCCAAGGUUUUGGAGGCCGUGGUGUUCUCCCUGGAGUGGCCACAGGAUCUGGACUUGGGCCACAGACUGGGGCCGGGGUGCUCGGCCAGGGGGGUGCUGGAACAGGAGGAGCCGGCAAUGGUCGUGGACAGCAGUUGCCUGGGGUUUUUCGUGGUUACCCUCUUGUAUCACCAAAAUCAGGAGCAGGCAAAUCAAAGAAUCCAGCCAAAGCUGCAGCUAAAUACGGUGGAGCUGCAGCCGGGGGAGGUGCACUUGGUCAAGUAGGAGGAGGAGCAGGAGUCACACCCGGAUUAGGAGGUGGAGUUGGAACAGGAGGUGGACCUGGCGCUGUACCUGGAUUUGGAGGUGGAGUUGGAACAGGAGGUGGACCUGGUGCUGUACCUGGAUUUGGAGUUGGAACAGGAAGUGGACCUGGAGCUGUACCUGGAUUUGGAGGUGUAACAGGCAGCGGGCCUGGAGUAGCCAGCAGCAUACCUGGUUUAGGUUAUGGUGCUGGCUCAGCCAAAGCACGCAAAUAUGGUCUACUGGGCGGUGCAGGCACUGGUGCAGCUGGAGGCCUUGGACGAGGAGGACCAGUAGCUGGAGUUGGUCUUGGCACAGGAGGGGGGCCAGGUGGGCCAGGUGUUGGCUAUGGUUUUGGUCCAGGCGGUGUGGGCACUGGUGCAGCAGGAGUUGGACUCGGCACGGGAGUGGGACCUGGCUCUGGGGUUGGUUUUGGUCCAGGUGGUGCCAGCACCGGGUCAGGUGGUCUUGGUUUUGGCCCUGGUGGUGCUGGCACUGGCCCUGGAGGAGCUGGUUAUGGGUCAGGUAGAACUGGGUACGGUCCAGGUCCAACUGGAACUGGAUUAGGAGGAGCCGGAACCGGACCCGGGGGUAAUUAUGAAUCAGUAGAUUUGGUGUUUUUGGAAAACGUAGCCUAUAAUUAUGCAAUAGUUAUAGCUUAACACUAUAAGCAGUAAUCCCUUAAGAUACAGUAUGCAGUAAUUCGACAGAAUGUAUUGCAAAGACAAAUAGAUAA